AUGACCAAUUCGCAUAUCAUACUCAGGCCGCCUUCUCUGGCGGCUCUCGUCUUCCUCGCACAACUCCUCGACACCUCCCAAGCACACCUGCUCCCACAAGCGACGACGACCCUCCCUCACCAUGCCCUCAACGUGGUAGCCAUACCGCCACCGCCAACGGCUGCUCCCUCUCCACGACAGAUCCGAUAUCGAGCGUCGCGCAGGCGCCCACAGGCCGCCGCCGCCGCCGCCGAAGACAUCUUCAACACGGUAUGCGGGUACAUUGGCGGCGACUCGGCCCUGCCGGCGACCUGCUCGGCGGGCAGCCACUGCGUGCUGGACUCGGAGCACGGCGCGAUCGGCUGCUGCCCCAACGGCGCGGCCUCGUGCACGACGGGCAUCUUCACGGGCUGCGUCGACUUCAACAGCGGCGCGCAGAGCGUCGUCGACCCGUACGUCUUCACCUGCGCCGGCAGCGACGUCUGCUACCGCAACGAGUUCGCGGGGGGGUUCUUCCAGUACGGGUGCGGCACGGCUAGCGACCUGGCUACCUCGGUGGUGGCGACCGCGUCCGGGAUCACGUCGACGCUGCCUAUUACCAGCGUUAGUGUGCAGUUGACGGAGAGCCCGACGAGCCUGGCGACGCCCACGAGCAUUGACCCGAGCACGGGGACAAGGAGCUUCACGAGAAGUUCGGCAAGCAGCACCAGCAGUUCCUCCGUAUCGAGCACCAGCGGUUCGAGUUCGACUUCGACUUCGAGCACGACAUCUAGCUCGACAAAGCCCAGCUCAACGUCGCAGACAAGCAGUACCGCCACAAACGAAGCUACGAGCGCACCGGCAAGUGGUGCUACAGAAAGUAGUGGAAAUGGCAAGAAUACGGGUGCUAUCGUGGGAGGAGUCAUUGGUGGACUUGCAGGUCUCGUGCUUUUCUUCGUACUGGGCCUCUACCUCUGGCGGCGCCGCAAGGGUAAUGUCCGAAACGGUCCCGGCCCGGGAAGCGACACACAGUACAUUAGUCCGAUGUCUGGCAACCAAGGCUUCCAGGCGCUCCACUCAAACCAAGACACCUACGAAACGGGCAUGUACCCCCACGGCACGACGACUGAAAUCAGGGGUGGGGACGGUGUUCAAGUGCCCCCUCAUAUACCGCCUGCAAUGCAGGAGUAUCACCAGAUGUCGCCGUACACAACCGCGGCUGCCGGUGCUGCAACGGGCGCCGCGGCUGCCGGCGCAUACGGUGCCUACUCGCACGAUGGCUCUCACAGCCAGCCGCUUGGGUACGAAGGGGAUCAAGUACCCCUCACCCGGGAAAUCGACGACUUCUCAGCGGGCUUCAAUCACGCCCUCGAGCGCAUCGACGAGCACGUCCCCGAGAGUGGCGACCUGGGAGAGUAUUCGAGCAGUAGCGGCGAGCAUGUUAAUGGCACUAUGAGCGCCAACAACGGCGGAGGUCCCGCCGGCGGUGGGAUCGGGGUGGCGCAUACACACUACAGCGGCCAGGGCUACGGAAGCAUAGGUAGCCCGGGUCUUGACGCCGCCGAUGCGCCUCACGAGCCCUACCACGAUACGCAAGCGGAGCAGCCGACGAGCCCCUUUGGAUCACCGGGCCGGCCGCUCUGGCAGCAGAACAGAAGGUACAGCCGCAGUCCGAUGUGGAUGUAA